AGUUCGCAAGUUGUUCAACUUUUGCCUCCACCAGCACUCAGCAGCACUUUUCUGAUUGGGUUUACGCGCUCGGUUCUGAUCCGCGAUGUUUGGAUCCGACCUGUGAUCUUAUUGACACGCGAUAUGGCUCCUUUUGGAAGAAACUUUCUGAAGGCGCGUUUGAAGAGCAGGUCUAAAGUGGUAGAGGAGACACCAGGGAAGGAAAUCCAGGUGCUUGUGUGUCAAGAAGAAAAAGUAGUCUGUGGUGUGACCAAGCACACAACCUGUGUAGACAUAGUCAAGGCUUUACUGGAGGAUCACAAGACUAUACCAGAAAGCAAAAGGCUUUUACAUGGGGAACCUAAAGACUUCUGUAUCCUGGAGAGGUGGAAGGGUUUUGAGAGGGCACUGCCGCCUCUCACCCGAAUCCUCCGGCUGUGGAACGCAUGGGGUGAUGAGAAACCUUUCAUAAAGUUCGUCCUCAUGAAGAUCAGUGAUUUUGUGCCAUCAUCCAAGGGAGCCAAAAGGGCCUCAAAGUCUCGAGGAGCGAGGUCUAAAAGAUGGGACCACGGACCUGCACAGUAUGCCAAGACUGUAUCAGUGGAAAAGCAAAAGCGAAUGGUGAAGAAAGCUUUUCGCAAGUUGGAGAAGAUCCAGAAAGGAGAUACUUCAGAAGGCUCUGAGGAGAUUAACAAGCUGGUGCAGAUGAUCAUCUCCCAGGAUCAGACUAUCCGGCAGCAGAUCCACCAAAUGCGUGAGCUAGAUUUGGAGAUUGAACAUGCAGAGGAACAAAUGAGCAGCCCUACACCUCGCUCAAGCAUCACAGAAAGCGAUGACGGACCAUCUCAAUUUGACAACCAUUUCCAGGAGUACUUGUACACCAGUGAUGGGAUCGAGCAACUGGAUCUACAUGUUCGCAUACACCAAGAACUCAUUGACCAGCUCUCUCAAGAUAUAGACGUUGAGCUGAGGAACUGGACUUCUGAUUUGGAAGAUUUAAAAGGUGCAGCCGCUGCUAGUCCUGAACUAGAUGUGAAACCAAACCUCUCGUUGUCCUCAUUAGAUCUCUUAGAGCUGGAAAACUUGCGCAAAGAACUUGAGUCAAGCAUGAGAGCUGGACUUUCCCUUCAUUCCCAAAUGCAGGAUAUCGAGAAGGAACUGCAGCAGAACAAAACAUCCAUGCAGUCCCAGAAUCAAGAAUACCAGCAUCUUGUUGCCCAACUUGGUGCACUUGAGCUGGGGGCCUGUCCAGACCAGCCAAACCCUGCAUCUCUGAAGAGCCAGAUCAGGGCCACUGUCUCUGAGCAGACAACAGGCAAGGUCAGACAGACUUGUUCACCUGCGGAUGGGACAGAUACAGACUCAGACACUGGAAUAAGCUCUACUCACAGUCAGGACUCUUUGUCGCCUUGUGUGGACAGAUCACCUCCUCUGGACACCGAUGUUUGAAGCUGAGGAUUAGCCAGAUGUGGUUUACUCCAUUUAAUGUCUCCAACCAGGAAACACACAGUUUAAAGCAGUGUUUUCCAACCCUGUUCCUGGGGGUACACUAACAGUUCAUAUUUUGGAUAUGUCUUCCUUGUUUGACCCAUUCAUUUCAGGCUUUUUGGAGUUUCUUCUAAUGUUCUGAUGAGUCGGUUCAGGUGUUUUUGAAUAGGAAGAGUUUGAAAAUGUGAAGUGCUGGUGUGCCUUAAGGAACAGUGUUGAGAAAAACUGUUUUAAAGGGAUAGAUCACUUCAAAAUUAAAGUUUCUUCAUUAUCCUAAGAGAUGGUUUUAAGGAUGUUGGUAACCAUACAUAUUUGGUUACCAUCGAAUUCCACUGUUUUGACGUGUGUCUACGCCUACCUUUUUUGUGUCACACUGGAAGUUGUCUAUACUUGAUGUAGCAAAGCAAUCACUGAAAAUUCAUUUGUCCUCCAUGUCAAUGGCACUUGAAUGGAAAUAGAAUGAGUCUGUGUUGUGCAGAAUCCAGUCUAGAAGAAUCACUGAUUAUAGUGGGUUCUGUUGCUUUUAGCCAUGUCACACUGCUCAUAUAGGCUACUCUUCAACAGCGGUUCUCAAUCCUGUUCCUUCAACACCUCCUGCACUGCAUAUUUAGUAUGUUUCUCUUUCCACUUCAGAGGUUUGUUUGCUGAUAAGUGCACUGCAAAGUUGACAUCACAGGAUAUUCUGCCAUAAUUCUAGUUCAAAAGCUUGUUCAAUUCAAAGGGUAAGAUGUGACUUCUAUGCAAAUCACAUGAUUAUGGUUCAAUAACCCUUCACAUUUCGGUAAUGAUUGAAAUGGCUGCAAACAGUGAUGUAGCUCAAAAAAUUUCGUAUUUUGAAUAAAGUAACUUAAAGAUCUGUCAAUUUGAAGAGCAAUGUAUGUAGGGAACAUGUCAAUCUCAACACAGUUCCUUCUUGAAACUUGUUUUCUAUAUCAGGUAUGUUAAACACGAGACACAAAAAUUAAGCAGUGUGGGGGGCCGCAAGGACCAGAAUUGAGAACCAGUGCACUACAAAACAACCAAAUAUGUCUUUUGUGCAAGCAUCUUAUUACAACCGUUUUAAAGUAAAAUGCCCUCUGGCUGGUGUAAAAAUAAUGAUAGUGUCAUGUUGCAUGUGUCAUCAUUACAUUACAUGUAUAUCUGUGUUAGCAGGACCAUUGAAAUGCAAUGUGUGGAAUUUUUAAGUGGUUCCUAAUUUUUUUUAGCAAUUUUUUUUUACUAUUCACAACAUUUAUUUAUGCAUUUAGUUGAGUCUUUGGAAGAUUUACACUCACAUUUUUCCAUAGAAUCAACCACAUGAUUGUUGUGCUACUAUAUCAACUGAGCUACAUGGGUUGUAGUUCUAGAAAGUGACAAACGACCCAGAGUAUAAUUAGGUUGGAGGACAGGUGGAUUGUAUUCUGGACAAUUCUCAGAAUAUUUAUUAAACAGAAAAACAACUAAAUAAAAUAUCACAUGUGAAAUAUGUGGAACACAUGUGAAAUGUGGUUUUGGAGCACAGUUUUGGAACGAAGAAAGAAAAUGAAUAAUUGAAAAACCGGAGUAACUGAUGACAAAAUUCCAUUAGCAUUUUUUGGGUGAACUAUACUUAUUCUUUUAUACUGUAUACUGUAGAUAUGUAUGCUUAAAUGACAUGAACUAUGAAUUCAUAUUUAGUCAUUUAAUGUUUUUGUUUCUCCGUAUUAAGAAUUCCUA